AAUGUAUUAUUAUAGGAAUCAUAUUUUGAAUAAUCAAUUAAUAAUAAUCAAUAAUGCCUUUGGUGCAACUGUCAAGCCAACAGAUAAUUUAUGCUUUUUCAAGAUAGCGGCAUACAAAAAUUCAAAGUAUUUCUCACAAGAUGAAACUAUAAGAGUCUAUGCUGACUUGGACGAUCGAUUAAUCUUUUUAGACAGGCUAAAUUUAGAAAAAGACUGGAAGGAUUUUAGAAUAUCUUUGAAGAAAUUAAAAGGAAAGAAAUUUCGAAUUGCUCUCUACGGAUCGAUUCAGGAUAAUUGUCAAUCUUACAUUGGUAUUGACCAUACGGAUUAUGAAACAUGUCCAUUUGAGAGAGAAGCUACUGAGUUGAAAGUUACUGAUACAAGUUUUGAAAAUUGCCAAACAGGAUGCCUAGAUAUUCAUAAUAGAAAUAGCGAAAUACACAACAGCGUUUGGUUGGAAAGGUUAACAUUUAAUCAAAAUCAUCCCAUCAUCGAAUCGUCCAGUUUGAUAAACAUAGAUCUUCAUAGUGCCUAUGUUCUCGUCAGAAAUUUGAAUAUUCCUAACUUGAACAAUUCACAUGUAAUUCAAGUUCAUUUCAAUUCAACUUUUGAAUCGAGAAUCUCCAAUUUGGUGUUUACUCAAAACUCUAUUACUAAUUUAUACGAAAGCAGUCUUCUUCGAAUGAACAACUAUGGAAUUAAUAAUGCUACCGUUACCUUUGAUAAAUGUAAUAUUCAACAUUCCAAAUCACGUGAUUACUUGAUCUACAUUGAAAAUGCUGAUAUCAGUUUCACAAAUAAUCUUCUGUAUAAUAAUACCGCCCAGGGUAACCUACUAUACGUCAAUUCCAACAGUUCGAAUACUAAUAUAUCGCUGAAUACGUUCAUUUUUAACAAAAAAGAUCCAGACGAAGGAAAUGAUGCUGUGAUUACAUCUGUCAGCAGAAAUUUGUACAUCAAUAACAAUAUAUUAAAUAAUCCUCAAACACCAUACGAGGUGGCUUACAGUCUACAAAAUGCUGACUUUCAAAGUGGUAACUGUCAAUAUAAUUGGUGGGGAAGUUUGGAUAUUGACAAACUUGGAAAGAGAAUUAAAGAUGGUAAAUCACUUGAGGGAUCUCCAAUACUUCAGUUUGUACCAAUUCUGCAAAGUGAACCUCUCAGCUUAGCAACAUCUGGAAGUUGUGUUCUUGGUUGGAAAUUUAUUCGAGGAUCCUGUUAUCACUUUCACGUUGGAGCUGGUUCAAAAGCGGAAGCUGAAAUAUGGUGUAAGAAGAAUUCGGCUUUUCUUCUAACAGAAGAAGCUCUUCGAGCUGUCGAUAGACUGACGGAUUUACUAAGAUAUACAGAUGUUGACGGAAAUACAAAAGUGAGCGAUAUUUGGUUCACAAAUAGCCCUUCUCAAUUAUCAAUCUUGAAACCAUGGAUAUGUGGAAAGUCUAGUUCUGAACUGAAUAGGGGUGAAAACGUAACCAUACCGGUGACACCGUACCCAGAUGAAACCGUAUCUGUGUGA